CAUCCACCCUUGACGUGACUCGCCCUGCCACCCGCGCAGCAGGCAAAAUUACCCAAUCCCUUACACCCGCACUCACGCUCACACCCCAACUCCUCACACUCACACCACCACUUGUCACACUUGCCCACACGUGAGGGUACGCUUCAGCAUUUCAAAGUUCCCUGCACGCAACAUCGCGAGCGCGCACUCGACCCCCUUGGCUGCGGUCUCUCGCAUCUACUACCACUUGCUCAAUACAAAGUCAAGCCUGACCGCAGCUAGCAGUCAUGACAACCUUCUCAGCCUACGCCUCGCGAUUUCUGUCAAACGGCGGUGGUUUGUCCACCGGCGAUCCCUAUCAGCUGGCUCGAGCAGGUGGUGGACACGGCGCCGAAGCAUUCAUGGCCUCGGCGAGCAGCCAGUCUAGUCUGGAUGCUUCCACCAACUCUGACGGCUUGCCCGACGAGCAACACAAGCAUGCGUACGGCCCACUUCGAGCUGCUGGGAACGUUUCACAGGUCCUUCGAGGCGAGAGCGGAGCGUCGCUGAACCUGAUGGGCGCAAGUCGAUAUGGCCUCGCUAGCGCACACAUUCAGGGCGGCGCGAGGUCGGGCAAGCGACACGUACCAACUGGAGCAUCGCGCGGAGAUUUCUUGUCGGCCCACGACAUUGCUGAGGUGGAUGUGGAUCAGCGUCAAGAUGAAGAGGAGGAGGUGGAAGCAGAUGCAGCAGAGUGGCGCCGGCAUCACCGUUUGCUACCCCACUUGAAUGACCGCCAAGCGCGGGUCGGGGGCUACGGUGAGGAGGAUGGAGAUUCACCCAGCGCUUCUGUCAGCGCUUCGCGGAUAGCGGGCUUUCAGGGGUUCGACGAGGCCGACGAGGGAGAUCCCUUUCUCAGAGAAGAUGCAGUGCAGAAUGCGGAAGCCAAAGGCGGAAAGAAGACGAUCUCUUCGACUUCGACCAAGAAGCGACGCGAUGUGCCAACCAAUCAGGCACACCACAGAGCUCGAGGUUGGCUUGCGCACGCCGAGUCCAGCAUCGCAGCGCCCCUCCGCCAUGCGGUCAGCAGCGUCCCGGACCCAAAAGGCUCCAGGCGAGUGCCUGCAUCGGCUCGCGCCUCGGGCAGAGGCUUGGCAGGAGAUGACAUUUAUCGCGAUCUAGACGAAGCCUCAUCCAGCACAUCGGCCGAUGAAGCCCCGCGCAGCUCGGCCUUCGAAAGGAGAGCAUCAGGCCCCUUUGGCAGCAGUCACAGGGAGUCAUCGGCUGACGAUUCGUCCAGCGAUGCCCUCACUUCUUCGACUGUCUCUUCUCCCCAGAUCCGCAGUGGCGAGGCGAGGAAGUCCGAGCUGGAACGCCAAGGUCCGCAUGGACACGGUGUGGAGCACUCUUCCAUACGAGAGCCCCUGCUGUUUUCCGAGAUGGCGUCAUCUAGCCCGUCGGGAUCACUUCCUCUGCCUUUGCCUGGAGCGUUUAGAGGCUCUACGACGCGGCAAGUCGCGGCUGACAUCUACGCUUAUCCACACCCACCUGCGAAGAGUGGCUGGACACCCUGGGCGACCGGAAACACAGCGCAGUGGAGAGAGUGGAAAGACAAGGGUGCACUGUUGGCUUGGGUACUUGUCAUGCUGUUCACUGUUGUCAUCGCGGGAGGCGCAGCAAUCGGCGCACCAUCGGAGGGCUCAUCGUCAGGUUCACCCAACCGACCAUCGCCAUACUACACCUUGACCCGCUCAGUACCAAUGCUUUUUCUGGUGGCCCUUCUUUCAGUCGGCGCAGCCGUAGCCAAUCUUUUCGCGCUUCGCCAGGUCGCUCGGAUCGGCGGCUCUCACUUUCUGAAAUCCAGCCUGGUGGGUAUUCCUCUGUGCUUGACACUCGGCUGGGCAUGGGCCUUCGCCGGCAGCUUCAUCUACGACGACGAGAAAUGGAGCGGUGGUGCUUGGAGCACGGUAGGACUUCGCUUCCUUUCCUUGGUCCCGGUUCUUGCCGCUGUAUGCUUCGCGCGCGGAGUGUGGAAGCGUCGCUUUGCCCUCUCUCGCACCACAGCUGUCUUGGAGCUCUCUUCGCGCGUCGUCGCGUCCCAUCCAGCCUUGUUGAUACUCUCACUGGCGCAACUAGGCGUCUUUCUUCUUCUCAGCGUGCCCAUGAUCAGCAUCUUUGCACGUCUUUUCCUGAUCGGCCACUUUGGACGAUUGGGUAAGAGCGUCGCUGGCGCGGACAAGGUGUGGCACACUGAUGCGAGCGCAAAGUGGAUGGCUUGGACGACACUUGGUGCGUGGCUCUGGACAUGGGCAGCGCUACGAGGAGUCCAAAGAGUUACUGUUGCCGGUGUCGUUUCUCAUUGGUACUUUCACCGCGAAGAGUCCGAAGAUGAGAGAGAGCAGGAUCAACAAAAUGACGUAUACUCUGACGAAGGAUCUAUACCCAGUCCAGCACCUGGUGAUUGGUUGACAGCGCCGGGGUUCGCCGAUCCCGCCAUUCCACCGCCGCCCACGCAAGUCGACAUAGUUCGCGCAUCCUUUGCUCGCGCAACGGGCCCGGCUCUUGGAACUGUGCUCAUCGCAGCCCUUGUCCUCUCACUCGCACGCCUCGCGGCCUUGAUCGCUGCAACCGCUCGCAGUGCAUCUCGACAGCUUGCAUACCCUCGUGUCCCCGCGCUUUUGAGCCCUCUAGCGCACGCUGCAGCUAUGCUCGCUGGGCUAUCGGCCGUGCUCAAAGGUGUUAGCGACUUUGCACUCGUCUACACCGGCAUCACUAACGAGCCUUUCUGGUCUUCUACCAGAAGAGCCGGCAGGGUUGCAAGGGGCGUCUCUGUGAAAGGGGUCAUGGAUGGCCUGAUCAUCCAUCUCAUGCUGGAUCUCUUCACACUUUCCCUCUCGUUGCUCAGUGGUCUCGCAGGAUUCUUAUUCUCAGCACACAACCUCCAUGUGCCUGCCGACGCGCCCCUCGUUGGCCUUCUCUGCGCACUGGUCUCUUACUGGACGCUGAGACUCUGCGCCGACGUUGUUGGAAAUGCUGCAGACACGCUUUUCCUUUGUUUCGCCAUCGACGAAGCUGGGGGCGAGACGCACUGCAAGGCAGCGAAGGAAGCGUUUGAAAAGGCCGCCGAUCAGUUGGACACUGAAGGUGCUUUUCAAGCGUGAAGCGAUCACUCAUUUUUGAAAUGGCGCGGCACAAAUCGACAACCUUUCUGCUUGAGCCAUCGUACCCCUCUCAUGACGCCCUUCGAUCACCUCUCCGUACCGUUUCCCAUCGAGAGCACUCUCUCACUGUAUUCUGUCUGUCUGACACCUGCGACGCCUCCCACACAAUUGUAUGCGCUUUGAGUUACACCUGCACAAUCAUG